GGUGACUGGGUGUGGCUGAAGAAGUUCCCCGGGGACCAGCACACCGAGGUCAAACAGGCCACCAAGGUCACCUUCUGCAAGCUGCGGGACCUGCGGCACGAGAACGUGAACCUGUUCCUGGGCUUCUUCCACGACUGCGGCAUCUUCGCGGUGGUGUCGGAGCACUGCUCGCGGGGCAGCCUCGAGGACCUGCUGCGCAACGAGGACAUGAAGCUCGACUGGAUGUUCAAGUCCUCCCUCCUCAUCGACCUCAUCAAGGGCGUGCGGUACCUCCACCACCGCAACGUCGUCCACGGGCGCCUCAAGUCUCGGAACUGCGUCGUCGACGGGCGCUUCGUGCUCAAGGUCACCGACUACGGCUACAACCAACUGCUGGACGCCCAGCGCGUGCCCGUGCCCCCCCUGCAGCCCGAGGAGCGGCUGUGGACGGCGCCGGAGCUGCUGCGGGACGCGGCGCUGGAGCGCCGGGGCUCCUUCCGGGGGGACGUUUACGGCGUCGGGAUCAUCAUGCAGGAGGUGAUCUGCCGCAGCGCCCCCUACUGCAUGCUGGGGCUGCCUCCCGAAGUAUGGACCAGUAUCCCCCCAUUACCUGCUAGUACCUCCCAGUACCUCCCAGUAUCUCCCAGUAUCCCCCCAGUGAUCUGCCGCAGCGCCCCCUACUGCAUGCUGGGGCUGCCCCCCGAAG